AAAUCAAGAGUGCAUAUAGAUUUAAAAAUAUUUGCAGUAAAUUUGUAUUAUUUGCUUCCUCUAUUCAAUGUUUGCACUCCAUGUAAUAUUGUGUUAAUUUUCUGAUUGUGUUAAAAAUGAAGUCUCCCUCAAAUGCCUAUGCCAUCACUCAUGAGUGGGUGGAAUUUGUUGUGCAGCAAUAUGAAGCCAAGAAAACGCAUCCAAAUGUCUCAAUUAAACUCUCUUCCUUCAGUGUUGUUCAGGCGACCAAACCAGGAGAGAGCUUCAAUGCAGAACUGGUGCUUCUGGAUGCCAGUGCUGAGCUACACCAUCAAAGCAAUGACAGUGAAAGCUCACCAUCACUGAAGAAAGACUACAGUUUUAUUGCCAAAUUUUUGAGCCUUGAACCUUUCAAUCGUGAGUUGAUAAAGGCUGCUCAGGAACACAAGAGAGAACUGUUGUUGUAUUCUAAAGUAGUUAGUGAUCUUAAUUCUCACUGGCUAGCCAAUGCUGUGAACCAAGAUGAAGAUCAAAGAUUAUGUGUGCCUGAGUAUAUUUAUGGAAUUUGCAAUGCUUCAGAGUAUGUUCUUGUGAUGGAGAACUGCAAAGCCAACAGAUUUGAAUUGAAGGAUAAAACUCAAGGCCUUGACCUGGAACACACAAUGCUGGCUGUUCAGCACAUUGCAAGGCUGCAUGCGCUCUCACGUUCAUAUAGUUUGAGCUCUGAUUUGUGCAAAAAAUAUCCCGUGUUGAUAAUCAACCCUGUUAUCAGUAAAUUUCUAAAGCCUGUUGCCAUGAUAACUCUAAAGAAUGUUCUAAAAUAUGUUAAAACUUUGCCAGAUCAGAAGGAAAUAAUGGUCAAGUUAGAGAAAAAUCAGCAUGCAAUUUGCAAAAAAUUUCAGAUGAUCUAUGAUGAUCAAAGUAAACAUGAAAUGCUGUGUCUUUCACAUGGAGAUUACUGGAUAAACAACCUUCUGUUCUGCUAUAGUACCAAUGAUCAAGAUGGCCAACGGAAUGUUGAAGGCAUCAAGCUGAUAGAUUGGCAGAUGGCUCAGUGGAACAAUCCAGUAUUUGAUCUUCAUUAUUUACUAAAUUCAUCAACAACUCUGGCCUUGCGUGAAAACCACCUUGAUACUAUUUUACGCCAUUACCACACAACUUUUAUGAGCAUCUCGGAAAACUUGAAGACUCCUGUCUCUGAUUGGAACUUUGAGCAGUUCAUGGCUGAAUUUGAACGCACAUCCUUAGUGGGACUCCUUUUGGGGAUGUGCUUAGUUCAAGGCACUCUAAGCAAAGCUGGGGAAAAAGUCAGCUCUCAAGCUAGCAAUCCUUCUGGACGACCUGGAAGCUCUCUGAGCAGCAAACUUAAAAGUGUUGCUGCUAAAGUCUUAACUCCUAUUGUAAUUAGCCCAUCAUUACAGUUUCUCACUGAAGCAGCAAUGAAGAAAAUGCUGGCUCCCAUAGCCCAGGAACUAAUUGAGGGCAAAAAUAAGAUUUUGAAUGACAGAUUCAUGGAACUCUUGCUGGAGGCAGAUAAAAAGAGCUUGUUUGAUGUGUAGAGCAUGCAGAGCAAUGGUACCCAACCUGUGAAAUGCAAAUAAUUCAUGAUCAUCAAAAAUUUUUUGUUAGUCAUUUUUACAAAAAAUUUUAUUCUUCUCACGUGAUUUUCUGGCCACAAUUUGCAUCUAGUCUCAGGUUCAGUCCCCUAUAUGGAUUCUCAUAUUCUGUCCCUUUGUUAAAUAAACCUAAUUAUUACUACGUAGUGCAUCAAGUAGCAUUUAAUGAAACUGAGACCAACUAUAUAAAGUAUUAGUGACAUCUGAUGAUUUAUAUAGGUGUACACUUGUAGGCAAUUUGACAUAACUGUGCGGGACAACCAAGUGGAACGUGAUUACAAAAGAAGUUUGGGAACAUUGAUGGCUUUAUGGUCGACUGAUUUUCCCUAUUUCACUAUGCUCUCCAGCUUUGAAUUUUUAUAGCGUAUUUAAAGUAUUUAAAGGUAAUCCUUGGUGCAGGGAAGUUGUUCGAUGAGUUUGUUGUUGAUUUCUGCAAUUUUUAAGUUUUAACUUUGUAUAGUGAAGACAAGCACCGAAGCUUAUGUU